CACCCCAAUCAUAAACUCUACAGCCAACCGCUUCAUAUUUAAACCUGACCUGAUAUUCUGGCACUUUCAUUCCAAUUCAACUUUUUCGUCUUGACCGCUCUUCCCUGCCACCUCAUCUCGCCGGGGACCUUUUCUUCCUAUCUCGCCGGACCGGAUUCCUUCUCUCUCCGCUCACUCCUCCCUCCGACUUCCUAGCAAAGGUUCUAAAAAACAAUCUCUCUCUUUCUCUCUACAAUUUCAAGAGCUAGGAAAUCAUUCACCGCUUCGUGUGUAACGGCUUUUAUCCCGUAAUUCGCACGAAGACCUCGCUCCUUCAAUUUCAGUGUCAUCCAUAUCGUUAAUUAUUGACCGGAUUCGUUUGAGAGAAAAAGAAAGUAUGGAAAUCCGCAUCUUCACCGGGAAAAAUGUUCCCCGACGUCUCUUCGGCUUCCUCGGAAUCGGCGAUCUGACCGGUAUUUUGUUCUAACUCAUUCAUACAUCCCCUAUGCAUCUGCAUCCCUUCUGUUGCGUGUCUACUGUGUCCGACCAUUCCCCGGCGCUCCACCACAUGCCGCCUCUCCCCACGGCCAUGUCUGCCAGAUCCGAUCCGCCGAAUGCCCGAACCGGCGACAAACAAAUCCAUAACGACAAUAACGGCGAUUGUGGCCGGAUGAGCCAUCAAAGAACGGCUUCGGCGGGUCAUUCGGCGGGUCAUUCGGCUCGGGAGCAGCCGGUGGACGUUAAGAUCCAUGAUAUAGUGGGGAACGGGAUCUCGGGGAUUCUGUACAAGUGGGUGAAUUACGGGAAAGGAUGGAGGCCGCGGUGGUUCGUGUUGCAGGACGGCGUUUUGUCGUACUAUAAGAUUCAUGGACCCGAUAAGAUCGUGGUGAACCAAGAGACCGAGAAAGGAUCGAAGGUCAUCGGCGAGGAAUCCAUGCGAAGGAUUAAGAGGCACAAGAAUGGGACCUCGCUCCCGCAACAACCCCUUCCCCGCAAGCCCUUCGGCGAAAUUCAUCUCAAGGUUUCCUCAAUUCGCGAAAGCAAAUCAGACGACAAAAGAUUCUCGAUUUUCACUGGCACAAAGAGGCUCCACCUAAGGGCCGAGACGCGUGAAGAUCGAGUAGCAUGGAUGGAAGCACUGCAAGCUGUGAAGGACAUGUUCCCACGGAUGUCCAACAGUGAGCUAAUGGCUCCCAUAGACAAUGUCACUGUUUCGACCGAGAAGCUGAGGCAGCGGCUUUUGGAGGAAGGUGUUAGUGAGGUAACCAUCCAGGACAGCGAGCAGAUCAUGAAGAGUGAGUUUACAGUGCUGCAGAGCCAACUCCUACUGCUAAAGCAGAAGCAGUGGCUCCUCAUUGACACGCUGCGGCAGCUUGAGACGGAAAAGGUUGAUCUGGAGAAUACAGUGGUUGAUGAGAGCCAAAGACAGUGCAAUGAUGAAGGGGCCUCUUCUGGAUUAAUGCAAGACAAAUUCAGUGAAGGAAGUGCUAGUGAGUCUGAAGAUGAUAAUGAAAGAGUUGAUGCUGCAGAGGAAGAAACAGAUGAAGAAGACAAUACAUUUUUUGACACUCGAGACUUUCUUUCAUCCAGCUCUUUCAAAAGUAAUGGGUCUGAUUUCCGGCUAUCAUCUUUCUCUUCAGAUGAUGAAGGUUUUUUUAUAGUUGAAUCUGAAGAUGAUAUUGACCCUUCCAUUAGAUCUGUUGGAGCUAACUAUCCUCAUGUUAAGCGGCGUAAGAAAUUUCCUGACCCUGUUGAAAAAGAGAAGAGUGUCAGUCUUUGGUCUAUGAUUAAAGAUAACAUUGGAAAGGAUCUCACGAAAAUAUGUCUUCCUGUUUACUUCAAUGAGCCUCUCUCUUCCCUGCAAAAAUGUUUUGAGGAUCUGGAAUAUUCAUAUCUUAUUGAUCGAGCAGACGAGUGGGGGAAAAAGGGUAAUAGUCUCAUGAGGAUUCUUAAUGUGGCUGCUUUUGCUGUUUCUGGAUAUUCUUCAACGGAAGGAAGAAUAUGCAAACCGUUUAAUCCGUUAUUAGGGGAAACCUACGAGGCUGAUUAUCCAGAUAAAGGCCUCCGCUUUUUCUCAGAGAAGGUCAGUCAUCACCCUAUGGUUGUUGCCUGUCACUGUGAGGGUACAGGAUGGAGAUUCUGGGGAGAUAGCAAUUUAAAGAGCAAAUUUUGGGGUCGAUCAAUUCAACUUGAUCCUGUUGGUACUUUGACUCUGGAAUUCGAUGAUGGGGAAGUUUUUCAAUGGAGUAAGGUCACUACGUCAAUAUACAAUCUCAUAUUGGGAAAGCUGUAUUGCGAUCACUAUGGUACAAUGCGCAUACAGGGAAAUCAUGAGUAUUCAUGUAAGCUGAAAUUCAAGGAGCAGUCUAUCAUUGACAGAAAUCCUCACCAGGUACAUGGUAUAGUUCAAGACAGGAAUGGAAAAACAGUGGCCACGCUCUUUGGAAAAUGGGAUGAAAGUAUGUAUUAUGUGAUUGGGGACUCUUCUGGGAAGGGAAAGGAUUAUGAGUCUUUAUCUGAUGCCCGUCUUCUCUGGAAGCGUAGCAAGCCUCCCGAGUUUCUCACGAGAUAUAACUUAACACGCUUUGCCAUCACAUUGAAUGAGCUCACCCCUGGACUGAAGGAAAAGUUGCCGCCUACGGAUUCAAGGCUAAGACCUGACCAAAGGUAUUUGGAAAAUGGAGAGUAUGAAAUGGCAAAUGAAGAGAAGUUGCGGUUGGAGCAGCGGCAACGGCAGGCUCGAAAGAUGCAAGAACAGGGUUGGAAACCACGGUGGUUUGCAAAAGACAAAGGAAGUGAUACAUACAACUACAUUGGUGGGUAUUGGGAAGCCAGGAAACAAGGAAAUUGGAAUUCCUGUCCUGAUAUCUUUGGCCAAAUCCCAUCGGAUCAGCUGUCCGAGUAAGUUGUUACUGUUCUCUUGGUUUGCCGAUUCUUUUUCAUUCUACUCAGAUCGGUGGCAAAUGACUGCGGAUCUGACCAGUUAAAUUUCCCGAUAACAUCCGUGCAUGUAAGUUUAGACGAAAGAUGGUAGAAUGAAAUUAUAGAGAAUUUUGUCCCAUUUGGAUCCUUCAAUUUUGUAUCAAAAGAUACGGACAUGAUCCUAGUGUACAAGGAAUAUUACUACAGUUAGGUUGAUUCAACAAAUCACAUCCCAGAGAGAGAACUCAGAAGUGUUGGCACCAAUUUAUCGGCACUGUUUCCAGAACUGUGGUCGGAAAUUGUUGGAGGAACCUUCAUCAUGUGUAAUGAGCCAUCACAACUGGUAAUUGCACUAUGUUGGAUGCUCCUAGUGGAGAGCCGGGUUCUGUUUGUACAAAAAAGGAAACAUUAUUCAUUACAAUUACCUUGGCGGGGAAGUAGAAGUUGGUUCUCUGAAAAUUCAUAUGCGAUGUUCUAAAAGGGCUAGAUUCAUGUAGAGAAACCCCUAUAAUACACUAUUAACGGCUUUAGGGUUUUCCUUA